CAUCCCGGGCUCUGCAGUCUGUGCCUAUGACAUGCUUGACAUUGCCAGUGUUUUUACUGGGAGAUUCAAGGAACAGAAGUCUCCUGAUUCCACCUGGACACCCGUUCCUGAUGAACGAGUUCCUAAGCCCAGGCCAGGUUGCUGUGCUGGCUCUUCCUCCUUAGAAAAAUAUGCAACCUCCAAUGAAUUUCCUGAUGACACCCUGAACUUCAUCAAGACACACCCACUCAUGGAUGAGGCGGUGCCUUCCAUCUUCAACAGGCCGUGGUUCCUGAGAACAAUGGUCAGAUAUCGCCUGACCAAAAUUGCAGUGGACACUGCGGCUGGGCCAUAUCAGAAUCACACCGUGGUUUUCCUGGGAUCGGAGAAGGGAAUCAUCUUGAAGUUCUUGGCCAGGAUAGGAAACAGUGGUUUCCUAAAUGACAGCCUUUUCCUGGAGGAGAUGAGCAUUUACAACCCUGAAAAGUGCAGCUACGAUGGAGUAGAAGACAAAAGGAUCAUGGGCAUGCAGCUGGACAGGGCCAGCAGCUCUCUGUAUGUUGCAUUCUCUACCUGCGUGAUAAAAGUACCCCUUGGCCGGUGUGAACGACAUGGCAAGUGUAAAAA